GUCCCUGUCGCGAGCUCUAGACUCCAAGGGCGAGCCGAGUUACAGCACCCCGUGAAGUACGACUAAGUCUUCCUGCAUCCGGGCGCGUCUACAGUAGGGACUGUCCCCUCGAAGAAUCACGCAGGGAGGAGGCUGCUUGUCUCCCUGACCGCGGCAAUCAUGGUGGACGUGGCGGUAGUAGUUCUCCGUGUUUUGGCCGAGGUCCGUGAUGUGGCAGAAGACGUCAUGGAGAACGAUCGGCAAGCUUGCCGACUGCUCAAGAGAGCACUGGCCAUCGAGGCUCCGGUUCUCGCCGUCCAGAAUGGCACAAGCUUAACUUCGGCCGAUUCACUACGCCAGCUCUUAACGACCGUGGAGAAAAUCCGGAACUUUUUGGAGGAAUAUGCGCGAAUGACGAAAUUUAAUCGCGCCCUGAAUCGAAGAUCGAACGCUGCCGAAUUCAUGCGACUCGGCCUAAACCUCACCGAGGGGAUGCAAGCCCUUCACCUGGAAGUCGCCGUGGACGUGUGGGCGAAAGAAGACGCGUCGGACCGCCAAGAAGACAUCGAAAAUAUGUUGGACAUGAUGGAAACAGUGAAGCGCAACCAAACGGACAAACACGCAGAGGUUAUGAAUGUCUUGAAGGCACUCCGGAAGGAUGAACGGUCGGAGCUGGCAGGGUGGAUCGAAAUCGACUACGAGAAAGACCUGGAUUUCGACGGCAGCGCCCUGCUAGGUUGGGGGGGGUUUGGCGAAGUGCGCACGGCGAAGUGGAAGGGGGCGGACGUAGCGGUAAAGCAUCUCAUGGCGAGCGGCAUUCACCGCGACACUGUCCGCGACCUCAGAAAGGAGAUCCGCCUUCACUCCAGCCUCUCGUUCGACUUCGUGACCCCGCUAUACGCGGCUUCUACCAUCAUUCCCCACCUCUGCCUGGUCGUUGAGCUCGCUAGCGGCGGCUCGUUGCAACAAUACCUGCGCUCGGCGAGCGACCCUCUUGGACAUGCGCUGCAGGCGGCCUUCUUGUACGACGUUGCCAGAGGCAUGACGUUCUUGCACGACAAGGGUAUCCUGCAUCGAGACCUCAAAUCCGCGAACGUCCUCAUGUUCACCAAUGGCCGCCUCAAGAUAUGCGACUUCGGGUUGUCCAAGGUCAAGACCUACCUCUCGAGCAGGCCGACACGCGGGGCUGUCGGCACCACCCAAUGGAUGUCUCCGGAAGAGAUGAACGAGAGCCCUGCGAAUGAGCUGACGGAUGUGUACAGUUUUGGUGUCCUUUGCUUCGAGGUGGUCACCCGGACAGAGCCGUUCAAGGGAAGGAUACCUGCCCACGUGAUCAGGGCGGUGCUCUAUGAGAACGAGCGGCCUCAAAUUCCAGAAGGGGCGUCUGCUGCGCCCGAGGUUGUGCCUCUGAUGGAGCAAUGCUGGAGGCAAGACCCUGUGGAGCGCCCCGAGGGAUUUGGACCCGUAGUUCGGGCGCUGGCGAGCGUAGUGUCGCGUGAUGGAGACCCUCGCAAUCACAACGCAGCUACCGCAGAUCUUACCUCUUCACCAGGCGUGGGGGUUGACCUCCAGGCCCCUGCCAUGCCUUCCGCUGGCGGUGAUAUUGCCGGCCCUGAGCCGGAGUUGCCGUCAGUUGACGCGUCGUCUUGCUGCUGCUGGGGAUUCACGUUGGUCGCGGUCGCGCUCGCCAUCAACGCUAUCGCGGGCGCGGACCACUCGACGUUGGUCAUGUUCAUCCCGCAGUUUAUCAUGGCGGGCACCCUGCUGUGCUGCGCAAUCUGCUUCAUCUGCUGCAUGCGAGACGCUGAGGCCCCUUUGGUGGAUGCGAGCUUAACUUACCCUGAGGUCCCAUCCGUGGACGUGAAAAAGCCGCAGAAGAGCAAAUUCGGGCAGAAGAACCCACAGUUUAUGAAGGAGGGCAAGACGUCUACUCCGGAGAUUCCGGGGGUGGAUGCAUCGAUUGAUGUGCCAUCCAUAAGCGGAAACACCUCUGUGGAGGUGCCUGGUGUCUCGGUAGACACCCCGUCAAUCGACCCCUCCGUCGAUACGCCCUUCGUCACCGCCGACGCCUCUCUCCCCUCGGCAUCGGUAGACGUUCCCCCUGCAGAGGAGGACGCGUCGAUGCCGUCCGUGGGUGACCUGUCUGCUGAUGUCGGGGCCAAGGCGGGUGAGGUCUCGGCAGAUGUGGGAGCCAAGGUUGGCGAUGUGAAGGCAGACUUGGGUGCCAAGGUGGACGACAUCUCGGCCAAGGCUCCUGGAGUGAAAUCGGUGGAGGUGAGGAAGCCGAAGAAGGAUGUGCUCGGCGGCCUAUCCUUGAAGAAACCGUCGGGCAAGAUCAGCAUCGGGGUUCCGGAUAUGCCCGAGAUGCCCUCUUUGGAAGGAGGCGCCGGUGGUGAGCUGUCCCCCAGUGGUGUGAGCGUGACGGCGCCGGACGUGCAGGUGGAGGGCGGCGACACGUCGCUGACGGCUGGCCUGGCGGCCAGUGGUGUGGCGAUCGUGGGUGCGAUCGGCGCUGCGGUUGGCCUAUCGGGCGACAAGCCGGACGCUGAGGUUCCUUCUGGAGUCGUGCACGUCAGUCUUUCCAUCCCUGAAGCUUCGGUGGACAUCAGAAAGCCCAGGAAGGUUCUGUUUGGCGGCUUGCCCUUCAAGAAGCCUCCGCUCAUGGGGAGGACAAAAGGCAAGCACGAGAAAGUCCAACCUCUGUUUGAACGCUCCCUCGCCAUCCACGAGAAGUCUCUUGGUCCUGAUCACCCUCUUGUGGCGGCAGCGCUCCACAACCGGGGAAAGUUAUUGAUGCGCCAGGGCAAGUAUGAGGAAGCCGGACCUCUGCUGGAACGCUCCCUUGCCAUCUACGAGACGUCUCUUGGCACUGAUUCCCCUCAUGUGGCGACAGCGCUCGACGACCGGGCAAAGUUGUUGAAGCUGGGCAAGCAUGAGAAAGUCCAACCUCUGUUUGAACGCUCCCUCGCCAUCCACGAGAAGUCUCUUGGCCCUGAUCACCCUCUUGUGGCGGCAGCGCUCCACAACCGGGGAAAGUUAUUGAUGCGCCAGGGCAAGUAUGAGGAAGCCGGACCUCUGUUUGAGCGCUCCCUCACCAUCUACGAGAAGUCUCUUGGCCCUGAUCACCCUAAUGUGGCGGCAGCGCUCAACGAGGGAAAGUUAUUGAUGAGCCAGGGCAAGUAUGACGAGGCGGAGCCUCUGUACAGGCGCUCGCUGGCUAUCGACGAGGAAGUUCACGGUCGUAGCCACCCUGAAGUCGCUACAGACCUCAGCAACUGGGCGGGAUUGUUUGAGAAGCAGGGCAAAUAUGCCGAGGCAGACCCUCUGUACCUUCGAGCCAUUGAGAUUGGAGAGAAAACCCUGGGUCCUGACCACGCAGCUCUUGCCACACGCCUCAACAACAGGGCGCUGUUGUUGGGGAAGCAGGGCAAGUAUGAGGAAGCAGGACUCCUGUUGGAGCGCUCCCUCACUAUCUACGAGAAGUCUCUUGGCCCUGAUCACCCUGAAGUGGCAACAGCGCUGCGUAGCCGGGCGAAUUUGUUGAUGAUCCAAGUGAGAGGCAAGCGAUCCUUCUAG